UUGUAGGAGUUGAGACAAUAAAGCUCAUGGUCAACUUUUCCCCAAUAUUAAUUGUGGUUGCGCGCGCACUCUGUUAUCGGUACUGGAGGUGUAGCAUGAUGUCAUUUCGAUUUCGAUAUUUAAAACAAAGACAGUCUUUUAGUAAUUGGUAGGCAUACAAAUGCCCAAAUGUUGUUCCCCGGAUCAAGAACACAGAGCUCAAAGGAGGAUAAAUGGUUUGCAACUACCUCUCAACUAUCAGCAGAUCAUUGGAUGGAUAGUUUUUGUUACUACUGGCGUUAUAAACUUUGUGGUUCUUGUACGGAUACAGUUUGAUAAGCUAAAAAUAGCAUCUCAAAUAAUAUACAUCGCAUUGUAUGUAUCACAUACGGUGUCACACCUAACUGCAUCUCUACUGGACCCCAGUGAGGAAGAACUUCGAAAGCUCGAAAUUAAUACAGUUCCAGAAUUCGACCGUAAUAUCCACGCCCACGUUAUUGAAAAUGGUAGGUGCCAUCUGUGCAACAUAUUUACAAGCAGCAAGAAAACCAAACAUUGCAGUUUGUGCAAUAAGUGCGUGGACCACUUCGACCACCACUGCAAGUGGCUCAACAGCUGUGUGGGGCGCAGGAACUACGGAGCCUUCAUCGCGAGCGUCACGACAGCCUUGACACUGGCACUUUUCACCUCGUCUUUGUGUUUAGUUGAUAUAGUGAUAUUUCUUACGUAUCCCCAACAGCUAAGUCCAGAAACUCAAGAUAUUAUUAAUUGUAACACUACAAACCGAACAAAUGUGGACUUGGAGGGAAAGUAUUGUAAGAAUUCGAUUAUGUUUUUAUUAUUUUUAGUUAUAUUUGGUGUAAGUGCUUUAGCAAUCGGAUGUGCGUUGUUACAUUUGUUAUGUUUUCAUAUUUACAUAUCAGCCUUAGGUGUUUCGACGUAUGAGUAUAUUUUACGAAGUGGCACUCCGCCUUCUGUGAUUCCGCAGUGUAUGAGAAAGUGCCCAUGUAGUAGAGCAAAAUUGUCUAAGAAAUCGUACAUGUUAAGCAAAUCCAAAGCUAAGAAUCUUAAAUCAAGAAAUUCUGAGAGGGAACCGUCAGAUCCGACAUCGAGCACGAGAAUGGAUAAGUUAAACACUUCCCCAGCAACCAGUGAUACAAACGUAGCAAAUUUAAUUAGUAUAUUAGUUAAUAAUGAGUUGGAAAAGGCCAGAAAGAUUUUUAUGUAUGACAAAAACAAAAUACAUCCCCAAGAAGAACAUAGUUAACGGCAUGAACGUGGACAUUGCAUGGCAUUUUAAAUGGCGAAAAGUUGUUGAUAUCGUAGCAUUGAUACUUUUUGAUCAACUCCUACAAUCGUCCAAUUAGUGCCUUUUCAAGAACCUAUUGUAAUAACAUGUAUUUUUAUAAAAAUAUAACACUUCGAUAAGUAUAUUAUUGAUAAUAAUUACAAUAAAACGUUAUGUACUACAAAAAUAGUUCUAAUUUCGUACCCAUUCGUGUAA